AUGGAUUCUACAGAACCUAGUGGUAACGUUCCCUUACCAGAUAAUGCUGAUUUAUUAACUACAAGAGAAUUACUGGGUCUUCUCACGGAACACCGAGACCAAUUACAAUCCUAUGUAACUAAGUUUCAUCCUUUAAGUGAAUUGGAGGAGCAAAUUGAAGAAUUGAGACAUAAAUUACAAGAAUUACAGAGGAAGUUCGAUGAAUUACAGAUUGAGAGACAUGAAGUGACUGAAGAAAUAGAACAAUUGAAGAUCUGUGAGUCAGAAUAUGUGAAACAAUGGCAAGACCUACAAGGGAUGAUACGGGAUAAUUAUAGUGAUGAAGCAAUGAAAAGAAAAGUACAACUAAGUAUUAGACAACUUGACGAACAAUGUAACCAGUUGGAGCUUUCCUUAAACACGCAUACUGAAAACAAAUUAGAUAGUAAUUCAUUAGACACCUUUGUGAAUGAAUAUCUGGAAAAGAGAAAGCUAUUCCAUUUACAACGAGAGAAAUUGGCCACUUGGGACGCUCAGGGGAGGUUAAAGUCCUAA